UCAGCACCACGUAGCCGCGCAUCGUAUGGCCAUCUGGCGGCGGUGACGUCACGCCGCGAUUAUAAGCCAACCAAUCGUCGUUCACCACGAUCCAAAAUCCUGGGGCUUCUAAAACGUCUGCUAGGAUGGCAGGCUUUCGGUUUUUCUGGUUAAUAAUACUUAAUUUAUUAUUAUGUUUAGUCGCUUGUCUCGCUGGGAGAGACUUUUAUGCUAUUUUGGGCUUGUCGAGGAGUGCAAGCACACAUGCCAUAAAAAAAGCAUACAGAAGGCUAGCAAAGGAAUUACAUCCUGAUAAAAACAAAAAUGAUCCUGAAUCGUCAAAAAAAUUCCAAGACCUUGGAGCGGCUUAUGAAGUACUUUCAGAUGAAGAGAAAAGGGCAAUGUACGACAAAUGUGGUGAAGACUGUUUGAAAAAGGAUGGAAUGAUGAAUAAUCAUGACCCGUUUGCAAGCUUCUUUGGUGACUUUGAUUUUCACUUUGGCGGCGAAUCACACAAUCAGCAUCAAACCCCAAAAGGUUCUAAUGUUGUAGUAGAUCUUAGUGUAACACUGGAAGAAUUGUAUAGUGGUAAUUUUGUAGAGAUUACAAGAAAUAAGCCAGUUAUGAAAACUGCUAAGGGAACAAGAAAAUGUAAUUGUAGGCAGGAAUUAGUCACUCGUAACUUAGGAAAUGGGCGCUUCCAAAUGAUGCAGCAAACAGUUUGUUCCGAGUGUCCUAAUGUAAUUUUUGUAAAUGAAGAACGAACACUGGAAGUAGAGAUUGAACCUGGUAUGGUUGACGGUCAGGAAACCAAAUUCACAGCUGAAGGCGAACCGCAUCUUGAUGGGGAGCCUGGAGAUUUGAUUAUCAAAAUUAAGACUCAACCCCAUCCAGUUUUCGAAAGAAGAGGCGACGAUCUCUAUACAAAUGUCACGAUUUCAUUACAAGAUGCUUUAGUUGGUUUUACUCUUGAAAUCACGCACUUAGAUGGACAUAAAGUUACAAUUCAGAGGGACAAAAUUACUAAACCCGGAGCUCGUAUGCGGAAGAAGGGUGAAGGAAUGCCCAAUUACGACAACAAUAAUCUUCACGGAACUUUAUUUAUUACAUUUGAUAUUGCUUUCCCUGAGACAGAACUCUCGGAAACUGAGAAAGAAGAUAUAAGAAAACUACUAGACCAAAGUUCUGUAAACAGAAUAUACAACGGGAUCGGAGGAAACUAAAUAGGUAAAAAAAAUUACAAAUAAUGAUGCUGGAAAGUAUCAUUAGCUGAAUAACCACUGCGCGUUUACGCCCAUUCCAAGCGAUGCUGGAUCCGACUAUCAGUGCAAUUUGACUCCGAGACAUUUUUAACGUUUCUAACUUAGAACUAGAGAGUCAAAUGAAGACUGCGAAAACAAAAAUUUACAAUCAAUUGUGUAAACUGCCGCAGCUGGUUUAAAUGAAUUCAAUUCAAGUAUUUAAGUUAUUGUAAAGUGGAUAAAAGCGUGUAUGCUGUGCGAAUGCUUUAUAAAAGAGUGUUUUUUGCAUUUUUACCUUUGUAAAUUAAGAUCCAACACUUUUUAUCAGGUGAUGUGUCGAAGAAAAUCAUGCAUAAUCUAGCAAAUGAAUAAUAAAUUGUAAUAUGAUUCGAAAUUUAAUUAUUGCAUAAAUCACUGUCUUGCAAAGCUAGAUUUAAUUCACUACUUAAAUUGCGCAUGUGAACAUUUACCAAAAUUGGUAUACGUAAGAAAAAACGAACGACGACAAGGAAAUAAAACAACAUUUUAUAGUA